GCAACACAAGCUAAUAUAAAUAUAUAUUUCCUUCUUCUUUAUCUUAAAACCCUAGAAACUUGCCCUACAUCCUUAGCUAGCCAUGGCCUUCCGGUCACUUCCAACUCCAUCAGGCAGCGGCGGCCUUUCCCAACAACUGAUCAAGGGUGACCGUAGCAUGUUAGCAUUGUCCGAUGAAAAUUCGAUGCUGAAACAAAUUCAGGCAACUCAUGCUCCUGAUGGUAGAGAAUUUGAUGUUAGACCUCUUCUGAACAUCGUUGAUGACAUCCUUAGUCGUGCCACUCUUCAUGGUGAUAGUGCUUUGAUGGUUAACCAAACACAUGCUGAAGUGGACGACAAGAACCGUCAAGCCAACUUUAUUGCUAUGCUUGAAGCAUUGUCAUUUGUUAUAGACAGAAUUGCUUCUGAGAUUUCUUACAAGGCUCUAAGUGGAGCAGACGCCCACGCAACAACUCUUUCAUUGUUCAACAUGUUAUCAAGCUAUUCAUGGGAUGCUAAGGUGGUGUUAACAAUGGCAGCUUUUGCUUUGAACUAUGGAGAAUUCUGGCUUCUAGCACAGAUUUACUCCUCAAACCCACUUGCAAAAUCAAUGGCGAUCCUUAAGCAAUUGCCUGUCAUCUUAGAACACACAGGCCCUUUGAAGCCCCGCUUCGAUGCGCUUAACAAUCUUAUUAGUGUCAUGAUGGAUGUGACUAAGUGCAUAGUUGAGUUCAAAGAAUUGCCAUCCUCAUACAUUUCUUCAGAAGUGCCUGCAUUGUCUACAGCCAUUGCUCAUAUUCCUACUGCUGUUUAUUGGACCAUGAGGAGUGUUGUGGCUUGUGCAACUCAAAUUACUAAUCUUACCACCAUGGGACAUGAGUUUGCCACCACAGAAGCAUGGGAGUUAUCCACCUUGGCUCAUAAACUCCAAAACAUACUUGAGCAUCUAAGGAAGCAACUCUCUAUUUGCUACCAACACAUAGAGGAGAAGAGGAAUGUUGAGGCCUAUCAAGCGCUUUUGAAUCUUUUUGACACGAUCCACAUUGACAAUAUGAAGAUCCUCAAGGCCUUAAUAUAUGCAAAGGAUGAUAUACAGCCACUUGUUGAUGGCUCUACUAAGAGAAGGGUUAACGUUGAUGUCCUGAGGAGGAAGAAUGUGCUAUUGCUCAUUUCUGGCCUCGACAUUUCGCAUGACGAACUUUCAAUUCUUGAACAAAUUUACAAUGAAUCAAGAAUCCAUGCAACGAGACUGGAGAGCCAGUAUGAGGUGGUUUGGGUUCCUGUUGUUGAUCGUACAGUUCCAUAUACUGAUGCUAUGCAUAAGCAGUUUGAGUCCUUGCAAACUGUGAUGCCAUGGUAUACAGUUUAUCAUCCAACAUUGAUUGAAAAAGUUGUGAUUAGAUUCAUUAAGGAGGUUUGGCACUUCAGGAGAAGGCCUAUUCUUGUGGUGCUUGACCCUCAGGGAAAAGUUGUAUGCCCUAAUGCAUUACAUAUGAUGUGGAUUUGGGCAAGCAAUGCUUUCCCUUUCACUAGCUACAGAGAAGAGUCUUUGUGGAAGGAAGAGACAUGGAGGCUUGAGCUUCUUAUUGAUGGCAUUGACCCAACAAUUCUCAACUGGAUUAAAGAAGGAAAGUACAUUUUCUUGUAUGGAGGGGAUGAUGUUGAGUGGAUAAGGAAGUUCACAAACACAGCAAGAGCAGUCGCACAGGCAGCACGCAUCUCACUUGAAAUGGUAUAUGUAGGGAAGAGUUGCAAGAGAGACAAAGUCCAAAGGAUCAUAUCCACAAUUACGGUUGAAAAGCUUAGUUAUGUCUGGCAAGACCUUACAAUGAUUUGGUUUUUCUGGACUAGACUACAAAGCAUGCUAUAUUCCAAGAUUCAGCUAGGCAAGAUUGACGAACAUGACCCGAUGAUGCAAGAAAUCAAGAAACUACUUAGCUAUGACAAAGAAGGUGGCUGGGCUGUGCUAAGUAGAGGGUCUAAUAUUGUUGUCAAUGGACAUAGCACUACAGUUUUGCCUACAUUGCUAGAAUAUGAUAUAUGGAAGGAGAAUGUGUCUCUCAAGGGAUUUGAUUUGUCGUUUAAAGAGCAUCACGACAAGCUUCAUGGUAUUGCUCAUCCUUGUUGUCGUUUUGAGUUUCCGAGCACCACAGGUAGGAUCCCGGAGCGCCUGAAAUGCCCCGAGUGCAACCGUAACAUGGAGAAACAUAUCACCUUCCUUUGCUGCCAUGAGGAGGAAACUUCAGAGCUACCUUAUUAAACUAUGCUGCUUUUGCUUCAUUUUUUUAUUGCCCAUCGUUAUGGCAUUAUUAUUAAAAAAUGAUGUGUUAUGUGUGAGGCACUUGCCACCGUUCUUUCUUCUUUGAUUGCAUGUUUUUGUCUUAUAAUAAUAUGAUAGCCAUAAGUUGGCAUUUGAAGGCAUAAAUUAGAGUUUGUGAUGUAAUUUGUAAUCUCUCUUUGAUUAUCAUAUAUCGAUUAAUAUAAAUUUCAAUGUUUUUGUUUUAU